UCGAAGGCGGAGUUGCGCUCGCCGUCGCUUCCUUGCUUUUCUCCCACGCUCUCGUCCUCCUCGCACGAGAUAAUGCCGAGGGCGAACAACUGAGAAAUCAGAAUAGGAGAAGGAAAUUUGUCGCAUUCUGUCUCUGGAGAUAGCAAGGUUUUUCCCCUUUUUAGUUCUUUUCUCUGUUGGAGUCGUCCUCGGAUUAGGGUUUAGUUGAGGAUCGACGAGGAUGGAGGCGGCCGGUGAGGAGGAGCAAGACGGUCUUUCGGUUCACUCGCCCGGCCAGGCGCCGCCCUCCUCCGCCUCUUCGUUGCCCAAGGAGCAAUCGCAGGUUGAGUUGGAACUGAGGGUGUUGGAAGCAUUGGAAAUCUAUCCUCCAUGGAGACUGCAGGGCAUCCAUCGUCACUUUGUUCUUUAUGGACUGAUGGAAUAUCUAAGGAGAAGCUUUGACAGACACUUUUCAGCAGAGGAGGUCUUGCAGUUGCUGGAUCGCUUCUAUAAUCUAGAAUUGUUGAAACCAGACGAUGAGGAGGCAGAGAUUUUUAGAGAAGACGAUUUUUCCUUGCCACAGAGCUUUUUCAUCAAGGAUGAGCAGUAACUCGCACCAUUUAUAGAUGUGUUAUUCUUCUGAACUGUUAUUGCCAUUAGCAUUUUGUUUAUAUCACAGGAAAGAAAAACCACUAUGUUUAAUAACCAACUCGAUGCCGGAUUCAUUCUCCCUUAUCCCUUUUCAGCAAGAGCAGAAUGCUUUUGGAAUUUUGCAGGAAAUCAAUAACUAUUUUGACUUAGUGCGAAAAGUUAAACUUUAUGUUCUGAGAAAUCAUGCGAGAAUGAAUUUUCUCACUUUGAAUGUCACUGAAUGCCAGUCAGAUUAAAUACUGUUUAAUGUAUAUGAUUGCUGUAGCUGUUGAACUGUAACCAUACUUAAUAAUUCCAUGUUCUAAAGCAAAACGAGGUGAAGCACAGAUGACCUCAAUCCUAAUCUAUGUUGUUAAAUCUCAUUGAUUAAAUUUAAAAUUUGUGUUUGGGCUGGACUUCUGUCGUCAACUGUAUUUUGCCUGUCAUUACCUUUCAAAUUGUCCAGGGUUCAUUGGAAAAUAUAACUGGGUUAGCUGCUGUAUAUGUUGACCUAGCAAAGACCACAAUGGAUGCAGGAUGAACUCUCCUUUUCCUGAU